AUGGAGAUCCCCGACCACCAGACCAAUCCCUGCGCGAUCUGUCUCAGUGGCAUGGGCGCCGGCGGUGGUCAGGCCACCUUCACGGCGGAGUGCUCCCACACGUUUCACUCCAGCUGCAUCUCCGCCAGCGUCUGCCCGCUCUGCAGCGUGCCGCGGUACGACCUGCCGUUCCGGCGACCCACACCACCUCCACCUCCGCCGCCCCCGCCGGUGCGAACUCAGCCAGAGACUCGUCUCAUUCCCCUCCGCCCGUGCAUCAUUCUCCCGCGGCAGUCACCUCCCGUGCAUUUCGUGCACGGUCAGCCACCGCCACCGCCACCACGACCGACAUACUCGUGGCCACGCAUUCCCACGCAGGCACGACAGCCGCCGCCACGGCCCGUGAAUCUCGUGCACGGUCAGCCACCACCGCCGCCGCCACCACCGCCCCUGCGUUCCGUGCCACCGCCACCACCGCCCGUGCGUUCCGUGCCACGGCCACCACUAACAUCGUCGUGGCCGCGCUUGCCCACGCAGCUACCUCCGCCGCCUCCACCGCCGCCACCACGCGUGCGUAGUAGGCAGGCUCAGCCACAAUGCAGCUUCGACGACGACGAGCAGGUUGGUCCCGCCUCUGGGCCGCCAGCUGGCAACGGGUCACCAGCCGCUGCAUCAAACGAAGCAGUUGUCAUCAAGACGCGAAGCGAGUACCCGGUCAUCGCCAUGGAUUUGCCCAGCGACAACUUCGCCGUGCUCGUGCACGUCCAGGCUCCCGGGAUGACCGACAUCACGGCAGCCGGUGGCGACGCACCGCGCACGCCGGUGGACCUCGUGACAGUUCUAGAUGUCAGUCACAGUAUGAGCGGGCAAAAGUUGACGCUGUUGAAGCAGGCCAUGCGGUUCGUCAUCGCCAAUCUCGGCCCCGACGACCGCCUCUCCGUCGUGUCCUUCAACACGAAGGCGCGUCGGGUGACCAGGCUCACGCGCAUGUCGGAGGCCGGGAAAGCCCUGUCCGUGAGCGCUGUGGAGUCCCUCACGGCGGACGGCUGCACCGACAUCGCCGAGGGGCUCCGUAUGGCAGCCAUGGUACUCGACCAGCGCCGGCACAGGAACGCCGUCUCGAGCGUCGUGCUCCUUUCUGAUGGCCAGGACAACUACAUCAUGAUGAGGCACCAGGAGUAUUCCGGCGUCCAGGCCAACGACUACGAGGACCUCGUCCCGCCCACCUUCGCGCGCACGGGCGCUGACGGCGAAUGGUCAGCAUCGAUCCACACUUUCGGCUUCGGCAAUGACCAUGACGCGACCGCGAUGCACGUCAUCGCCGAGGCUACAGGCGGCACGUUCUCGUUCGUCGAGAACGAGGCGGUGAUCCAGGACGCGUUCGCACAGUGCAUCGGCGGGCUGCUCUCUGUCGUGGUCCAGGAGGCUCGCAUCGCCGUCGCGUGCGUGCACCCCGGGGUCCGUGUCAUGUCGGUCAAGUCCGGCAGUUACGAGAGCCGCAUCGACGAGGACGGCCGCGCCGCCACGGUCUGGGUCGGAGAACUAUACGCUGAUGAGGAGAGGCGUUUCUUGCUGAUCCUGACCGUGCCAAGAGCCGAAGCGACAGACGGUGACACCACCGCUCUGUUGAAUGUGUCAUUCAGCUGCAGAGACGCGGCGACCGGCAUGGACGUGAACGUGUCGGCCAAGGAUACACUGGUGGCGAGGCCGGAGCACGCCGCGGACGCGAAGCGGUCGGUGGAGGUUGAGCGGGAGCGCGUUCGGGUGGAUGCGGCGGAGGACAUCGCGGCGGCGAGGGCGGCAGCGGAGCGGGGCGAGCACCAGGAGGCGGUGGCGAUACUCAAGAACCGGCAGCGUGCAGUGGCGCUGUCAGAGGCGGCGAGCGAUGGCGAUCCCGUGACCAUGGCGCUGGAGGCCGAGCUGCAAGAGAUGCGCGGGCGCGUGUCGAACCGACAGAGCUACGCGUUGUCGGGUCGGGCGUACAUGCUCGCCGGCAUCAGCGCGCACCAGCAGCAACGCGCUACCUCGAGGCAGAUGAAUCUGGUGGAGGAGAUGUCGGUGGAAUCUAUGGCCGCACUGGCGGCGGCGCCGCCAGUGAAGUUGGCAUCGAACGAGGCGACAUUGUCGUACGCGACGCCGGCUAUGCACGCCAUGCUGCUACGCUCGCGUAGGGCACGGGAGGCAUCAGCCGAGCAAGGGCAGCAACUACAAGCUGAAGAAGAAUACACAGGAAGCUCUGAACACGGUCAGCCAACGCCGCCACUGACAUCGUCGUUUCCCCGCUUGCCCACGCAGCUACGUCCGCCACCGCCGCCGCCACCGCCGCCACCCGUGCGUAUCGGGCAUGCUCAGCCACCUACGGUUGUCUUCGAUGACGACGAGCAGGGUGGUCCGGCCUCUGGGCCGCCAGCUGACAACCGGUCACCAGCCGCCGCGUCGAACGAAGCAGUUGUCGUCAAGACGCAGAGCGAGUACCCGGCCAUCGCUAGGGAUUCGUCCAGUGAAAACUUCGCCAUGCUCGUGCACGUCCAGGCUCCCGGGAUGACCGACAUCAUGGCGGCUGGUGGCGACGCGUCGCGCGCGCCGGUGGACCUCGUGACGGUUCUCGACGUCGGUGGCAGCAUGAGCGGGUACAAGCUGGCGCUGCUGAAGCAGGCCAUGCGGUUCAUCAUCGCCAAUCUUGGCCCCGGCGACCGCCUCUCCGUCGUGUCCUUCUCCUCCGUGGCACGCCGCCGGACCAGGCUCACGCGCAUGUCGGAGACCGGGAAGGCCCUGUCCGUGAGCGUCGUGGAGCCGCUCACGGCGGGCGGCGGCACCGACAUCGCCGAUGGGCUCCGUAUGGCAGCCAUGGUACUCAACCAGCGUCGGCACAGGAACGCCGUCUCUAGCGUCGUGCUCCUCUCCGACGGCCCAGGGCCAUCUGGCGUCCAGGCCAACAACUACGAGGAGCUCGUCCCGCCCUCCUUCGCGCGCACGGGCUUUGACGGCGAAUGGUCAGCGCCGAUCCACACGUUCGGCUUCGGCAACGACCACGACACGGCCGCGAUGCACGCCAUCGCCGACGCGACGGGCGGCAUGUUCUCAUUCAUCGAGAACGAGGUGGUGAUCCAGGACGCGUUCGCCCAGUGCAUCGGCGGGCUGCCCUCCGUCGUGGUCCAGGGGGCUUGCAUCGCCGUCGCGUGCGUGCACCCCGGGGUCCGUGUCAUGUCGGUCAAGUCCGGCAGUUACAAGAGCCGCAUCGACGAGGACGGCCGCGCCGCCACGGUCUGGGUCGGGGAACUCUAUGCCGAGGAGGAGAGGCGUUUCUUGCUGUCUCUGGCCGUGCCAAGAGCUGAAGCAACAGACGGCGACGCCGCUACUCUGGUGAAAGUGGUGUUCAGCUACAGAAACGCGGCGACCGGCGCGGACGUGAGCGUGACAACGGAGGACACAGUGGUGGCGAGGCCGGAGCACGCGCCGAACGCAUCGGAGCGGUCGGUAGAGGUGGAGCGGGAGCGCAUCCGGGUGGAGGCGGCAGAGGACUUCACGGCGGCGAGGGCAGCGGCGGAACGGGGCGACCACCGGGAGGCGGUGAAGAUACUCAACAACCGGCAGCGUGCAGUGGCGCUGUCACAGUUGUCGCGCGACGACGACCCCGUGAUCAUGGCGCUGGAGGCCGAGCUGUGGGGGAUGUGCGGGCGCGUGGCGAACCGGCAGAGAUACGCGCGGUCGGGUCCGGCGUACAUGCUUUAGUUAACAGCAUGUUCGAUGCAUGCAGUCCAUUGAUCCAAACAUCCCAGACCUCCUCAUUCUUUACUCGUCUUCGUCAUUGGAUGCCAUCAAGUAUUCUAGCCCAAAUAUCUCAAUCGUGACUUUUGUGUAUGUUUUUUCGUGAAAAAAGUAGGACUUUGUUGCGUA